AUGGAUCCGAGUGGUGUAAAAGUGUUGGAAACAGCAGAAGAUAUCCAAGAAAGGCGUCAGCAAGUCUUGGACCAUUACCACAAGUUCAAGGAAUUAUCUUCUCUAAGGCGCCAAAAACUUGAGGAUUCCUACCGAUUCCAGUUUUUCCAGCGUGAUGCAGAUGAGCUGGAAAAAUGGAUCCAAGAGAAACUGCAGAUAGCAUCUGAUGAAAAUUACAAAGACCCGAGCAAUUUGCAGGGGAAGCUGCAGAAGCACCAAGCCUUUGAAGCUGAGGUGCAGGCCAAUUCAGGGGCCAUCAUCAAACUGGAUGAGACUGGAAAUCAGAUGAUCAAUGAAGGCCAUUUUGCAUCUGAAACCAUAAGA